CCUUCUCAUUUAAAACUUUCAAAACUAAACCCCUCCUUUAUUAUCCUUUUCUCUUCCUCUGCAACAAGCAAAACCCUAGAACUCCAAAUCCCUAUACCCGCCCUCACCGCUGACACACCAUGCACCCUCACUCAUACACUGUCAAUUCCCUCUCUAAAUCACGAGAACUUGCCUCCGCUAUCCUCUCUUCCUCCACCCCCGCUCAGAUCUCCUCCGUCUGCUCCUCCAUCCAUUCCUUCUUACACUCUCACACCCCCGAUCAGUCUCGUCACUUCUUCUCCCUCACCUUCCCGACCUUAAUCUGCAAGCUAUACGGUUUCGGGGACGCUGUAUCGCCCCCUAAUGGACCCCAGCUCUCGUCAUCCAACGGUGGCUGGAUCGAUAUCAUCCUUCAAUCAAACGACUCCGAUCUCGCUUCUAGAGUUUUCAGCCUCUUCUCACCAAAUGGCGUCAUUUUCCAGUCAAUCUUUGCUGUUGAUCGUCAAUCGCUGGUGAAAUACGUUUUCCCAAUCGAGCGGUUGCCGGAAUGGGCCCGGUUAAUGCUAUCAAGCGAGAGAGAUUGUCAGGUCUUAAACAAUCUUUGCCCUCUUUUUAGAGAUAAAAUUAAGGAAGAAUCAAUUAAAGGCUCUAUUUAUUACCAAGUCCAGUUAAACGUUUUUGAGUAUUUCAUGUUUUGGUUCGCUUAUUACCCAAUUUGCAAAGGCAAUAGCGAGAAUUUAAACAAUAAACCUACAAAACGAACCAGCAAGUUAAAACUAGAAAAUUGGACUUGGACCUCGUCAAUUCCUAGGUUUUCGCAUUCUAAUCGCGGAAAUGAACAGAAAUUUGAGCAUAAUCUGUAUGUGCGGCUUCUAUAUGCAUAUCUGCUUGCUUUUGUGCCUAUACGUGAUUUGGAUUCACAUCAGCCCAAUCGUAGCUCGCUUUUGCAUUAUGGAGAUGGAAGUGAUGGGUCAAUUUUGUUGAGAGCAGAGUUUCUUGUUGAUACAUUGGUGCACUAUUGGUUGGUUGACAAUGAUUUCUCUCCUUUGCCUCUUAAUGUUUGCAAGUCAUUUGGAUUGUCAUUUCCACUCAGGUCUGUUUUAGGUGAGACUCCACCAACUCCUAAUUUAGAUGAGAUAGUGAAGUUACUGGUUAAGUACUUGAACUUGAGUGCGACUGUGAUCAAAGAUGGCCCUGACAGAAUGGAGAGGCCAAAAUGGAGUAGGGCUUCUGUAGGUUCAUUUCAUUUGAAGUCAAGGGAAUUUGCUGCAUCUGUAAAUGAUUCUAUGUAUGUGGGUGCCUCAUGGAAUUUGUUGAUUCAGAGACCAGUGUAUAGGUUUGUUUUGAGGACAUUUCUCUUUUGUCCACUGGGUACUUCUAUAAAGAAUGCUUCACAGGUGUUUUUGGUUUGGAUUAGUUUUUUGGAGCCUUGGAAGGUUGGUUUAGAUGAUUUUGUAAAGCUUGAUGCAAUUGUGGAUGGGUUGGGGAAGGAUUUGAAGAAGGAAAACGAGAGGAUUGAGGAGGAUGGGUAUUCAUCUUUGUGGCAGGAUUAUGUGUUAUCUAAUUACUUGUACUACAGUUCUUUAAUUAUGCAUUUCAUUGGGUUUGCGCACAGGUUUCUUCAUACUGAUCCAGAGCUGAUAGUCCAGAUGGUAUUGCAGGUUAUGAAAAUACUGACAUCAUCCAAAGAGUUGACUGAUCUAAUAAAGAACAUGGAUGCUGUUUUUCAUUCCAAACAAGCUGGAUCAGGCAAAUUGAUGCUUAACAGCUUAUAUAGAUGUGUCCCUUUGAUUCGUGAACAGUUGCAGGACUGGGAGGAUGGUUUAAGUGAGAGUGAUGCUGAUGGAUCUUUCUUGCAUGAGAAUUGGAACAAAGAUUUAAGACUUUUUAGUGAUGGGGAAGAUGGUGGACAACAACUCCUUCAGUUGUUUAUAUUGCGCGCGGAAGCUGAGUUACAAGCUAAUUUUAGUGAUAACAUUGCACACAACCUGCAGCUUAUAGAUUCUUUGAAGGCACAGGUGAGCUGCUUGUUUGGUGGUUGUACUGUAAAACCAAUUUCAUUUACACCCCAAAAAAAACAGCGUGAGCAAUUACGAGAUGAAAUAUUCAAGCCCAGAAGGGUUGGCAACCAGGCAUUGGCUGAUGUAAAAUAUAAGGGUGACUGGAUGAAGCGCCCCAUUUCUGAUGAUGAGGUUGCAUGGCUAGCAAAAUUACUUGUCUGGUUGUCAAGCUGGCUGAAUAAGAAUCUAGGGCUGAAUCAAGCCCAGAACAGUGAUCGCGGUCCUAAAUGGUCAUAUGUGGAGGUCUCAAGUGAGGUGGAAAGUGUAUGUGGGCCCUCAGAGACGAUGAAGAUGGUGUUGUGUGCUAUCGGUUCUUGGUUCAUUGCAUUGGGUGCUACAACAGUGAGGUUAAUGAGGAAGCACGGUCUGAGAAUAAACCUUAGGAUACUGGCUUCAAAGAAGAUUGUGAUGGUUUUGUUCAUGUCUGCUCUAUUCAGUAUAUCGAGGAAGGCUUUUGGGCUGUUUCAUAGAGUGUAAAUAAGAAUGAAAGAAAUACGAGGGAAAAAAUAUGAUAAUUUUAAUCACUAUUUUUUAACUUAUAUAGUUAUAAUAUUAUAAUUUUUUAA